UAAACACUAUUACUUAGAGUUACCUCCCUCGUUAACUCUCUUUUUUAUUCAUUUUAAUAUUUUCAAAUGUGAUUAUUGUUUUCCCGGUUUUCCUUUAUUUGUCUCCUCUGAGACCAGACGGAAAUAAAUUUUAAUCGAAAAUCUUCCAAAAUGCAAAGAACCAAAAGAACGUCUCGUUUCUUCAACCAGAGAGAAGAAGAACUCAGUGAUGUUUCAGACAUUUCCUGCCCAGAUAUGGACAUUUGUAAGUCAACAGUGAAGAAAAGUGAUCAAAAGAGAAAGAAACGGCAUAAAUUCUCCUAUGUUGAAGACGUCAAAAUGCUGAAAUAUAUCAUGACAGAAAACAGAUAUGAUGAGAUUAAAGGCAUUGCCCUCUGGAAAACCAUGGAAAUAUUAGAGAUCACUAGUCAUACAUCACAGUCGAUGAAGUACCAUUUUCUUAACACAGUCAUCCCAAACUUACAGAAAUAUAACAUAAAUAAAAGUUGGGUCAACAUUCUCUUCGAAACCUACCCUGAGCUAAUUCAAGUUACACACCAAAAGAGUUUGGACACCUUACAGCAAAAGAACUAUGUUCUACGGAGCUCAACUCCUACAAAAGCUGCAAAUAAAGCUCUCAGUGAAUGGAAGGAUCUUCAGAGUACAAAGAAUUCAUUGCAACAGGAACAAAAAGAAAAAGAAGAAGAAGAGAUUUCUGAAGGUAGCAAAACUGAAGCAGCUGUCUCUGAAGAUGAGUUGAAUGAUGAUGAAGAACUGUCAUCAAAACGGAAGCAGUUGUUAGAAAAGCUUAAACACCUGCGAAAUGUCAAAGCCCAAAGGAAGUUGAGCACCUCGGAAUCUGAGAUUGAAGAUGCCAGUAUUGCUACAUCAACCAAAGAGACUGACCACUGUGUGCCAAAUCACCAAGACUCCCUUACGGAAGAACCAUCAGAUACUUCGGACUAUGACAGGAACUUGAUCGACAUGGCUAAGAAGACUGUUAGCAACAGUAACCCAUCCCAGGAGAGGCUCUCAGAAAGUUCCAGUUCUUCAGAAGAGGCAGAACGAGUCCAACGGGACCGCAGAUCUCGUCUCUUGAGAAAGCGGAAACUGCAGAAACUGGCUCGGCAGUCAAAUGUAUCGGCAUCAACUUCAGGAGGUGAGUCUUUGGCAAACACUUCAGCAUCUGAACACCGGAAGCGAGCAUCAUUGACAAACUUUGUACUCAAUGAGGAAACGGACAAUUCUUACCAUCAAGGAAAAAAAUCAAAUAAUAGAGGGGUGAAGACAAAUGAAAUGGAUUUUGCCAUUAAAAUCAUCAAUGAUAUAUGCUGCAAUUUCCAACUGGAUGUUAAAGACGUUCUAGCAACUCUAGGAUCAACCAAUGGUAAUGUGAACCAAGCCAUUUCUUACAUCAAAUUUGGACCUAAAUUAUCAGGUGUGAUACCAUGGACACAGGAGGAAGAUGCCAUUAUUUCAUCAACAGAUGAGCAUCAAUUUAAAGACAUUCUUCAAAAGCAUGGGCAUGUUGCUGUAGCCCAAAGACUUCAAUUUCUGGAUAAUUUGUAAAUGUUCCCUCAUGUUCAUCGCUUCAUCCCAAGGAAUGACAGCAACAACAACCCUCACCAUCCGUAUUUUAUAUAUGUCUCCGUUUAUAUUGAUUUUAUUGAGAGAGAGAGAGAGAGAGUUGUGUGUGUGUAUGUAACAGUUAUGGUGGGAGAGGGUUAUAACAAGGAUUGGUAUGGACUGAGCCCUCAGUUAACUUAUAGUGCAUGUAUGUGUGUGUGAUUACAUGUAUAUAUUUGUGUGAAUGUGCUUAUAUGUAUAUAUGAAUGUAUGUUUGCUUUUGUAAUUCAUGAAGGUGUGCAUGUGUAUAUAUAUAUAUAUUCUCAAUAUAAAAUUGUGUACAUAUAAACACAAGAGAAGCUGCCUUUACCAGGCAGCUUUACAUGCUAGAAGAAAUAGUCAAAACAACCAAAACCAGAUUUAAGAGCAAUUUUGAAGGGAAUGAAAAAUAAAAACUUUUACCUUGUAACUUUUUUACAGUCAUACCGAGGUUUCAAAUUUUAUUUAGCAAAUAAAAUAAUUUGCUAGGCGAAAUUCUCCUCAGUGACCACACCAUAACAUAAACAUAUAAUUUAGAGACAAAUAAAAAAAGAAAAACUCACUACCCUAUAUAUUUUACGUAUAUGAUUUUAGCAUUUUCAGAAGAUUAGUUCGGCAUUUUUUCAUUUGCUACUGACUGAAACUGCACUUGCAUGGUGAAUUUGAAAAAUUAUAAUAUAUAAUGAGGAGACACUUGUUAUUUGUCUCUAAAUUAUAUGUUAAUGUUAUGGUGCGGUCACUGAUGAGAAUUUCACCUAAUAAAUUAUUUUAUUUGCCAAAUAAAAUUUGAAACCUUGGUAUGAUCAUAAAAAAAUAACAAGGUAAAAGUUUUUAUUUUUCAUUCCCUUCAAAAUUGCUCUUAAAUUUUGUUUUUUGUCAUUUUGACUGCUUCUUGUAGCAUGUCAAGCUGCCUGUUAAAGGCAGCUUCUCUUGUGUUUAAAUGUACACUAUUUUAUAUUGAGAAUAUGUUGUCUAUUGACUUUUUUAUACAUGCUAGUCCACUGGUGGUGAAACUUCUAAAAGAUAAACUCGCUACCCUAUAUAUUUUACCUAUAUAUAUAUAUAUAUACAUACAUACAAAUAUUCUAUAACUUUAAUCAGGGAUCAGCUAAUUGCUUCACCGCACACUGAAUUUAGAAAUAGGAGUUAAAAUGCCUUUUCUGCUACCAUAAAGAUCUCCCACACAGUAACACUUUUUUACAUAGGCAAAA